AUGGAGCUAAGAUCAGAUACACGGGUGGGAUCCGAGUAUGAUGGAAGUCAUUUAGGGAGGUUCUGGCGGUCUAUUUGGAGCUGCAAUAGCCCACACAAGAUCCGUCACUUUGCCUGGAGAGCUUGCAGAGAUGUGCUGCCCACAAAGGAGAACUUGGUCAAACGGAAAGUACUCUCGGACAGCUGCUGUGAUGAGUGUAAAUUGGCUGAAGAAACUUCAGGCCACCUCUUUUGGAGUUGCCAAAGAGCCCGUGACAUCUGGAGUUUGUCUUCUCUGUUUCAGGAGUCUUGGGUCCAGCUCUUUGGGUCGUUCAUGGACAUGUUAUGGUACGUGGUCAUGGUGGCCCAGUGGGAGUGGGAGCACAGCGACGUGGAGAAACUUAUCGUGGUGGCUUGGGCGCUCUGGUCAAAUAGAAAUGAGUGCAGGAACAGAGGGGUGAAGAAAUCAUGUCAAGCACUGCUGCAAGGGGCGUUGGAGUACUUGGAUGCUUACCAAGCAUGUGUGGUGGAGUUGGGAAACCCGAAGCAACCUGUUGAACCUGAGCACCGUUUGGCUGGUGUGGGGAUCUUGAUUAGGGACGCUGAGGGUCAUCUGAUUGGUGCAUGUAGCAAGAAGCUUGAAGCUCCUUUGGGUGCCAUCGAAGCUGAAGCCAAGGCUGUGGAGUUGGGUCUUCUAUUCGCAAGGGAUUUGUCCAUUCAAGAUUUCACUCUUGAGAGUGACUCGUUGAUGUUGAUUAAUGUGCUUCAGGACUUGUCUCCUCCUCCAUCAUCAGUAGCAGCGCUAGUCUAUAGUUUAGUUGCCAUGUCCCAUUCUUUCAGAUGUGUAGAUUUUUCAUAUGUAGGUUGUAAUGGCAAUAGGCCAGCCCAUUUACUUGCAAGACAUGCUUUAGGCAUUGCUGAAUUAUCUGUUUGGGUUGAAGAGACUCCUUGUUUCCUUGAACAAGCUCUCAAGCAAGAUGUAGUUGCUACCUUUAUUGAUUAA